AUGGAAGGAAAGUUUAGUAGGCAUUUCUAUCGUUCCAUGGAAUCACAGCAAAUGCAAAGUAGUGGAGAUGUUCGUAAGCUCCGUGUGGUAAAACCGAUUAAUCAUGGGGCUAAGAUCCUGAGUCUCGGACGCCCAAACGGGAAUCAGGAUUGGUUUUGGGAUCCGCUUAGGGAGAGCGGGUUACAUGACUUGGUUUACCUGGGCUACGCCACUGUGCCUCAUGCCGUGCUGAUGACUCUAUGCGAGAGGUGGCAUCCGGAGACCAGCACCUUUCACAUGCCCUUGGGGGAGAUGACUGUGAUCUUGGAUGAUGUCGCAUGUCUGACGCAUCUUCAGAUUGAGGGGCGGAUGUUGACCCAUGGGAAGAAGAUGCCGAAACAUGAGGGAGCGGCACUACUUAUGAGGCACUUGGGUGUGUCGCAACAGGAGGCGGACAAAAUUUGUGGGCAGGAGGAUGGUGGGUACAUUAGCUACCCGAGACUGAGAGACUUAUAUACGAGGUAUCUUGGUAGGGCCAACUUAUUGGCUGAUACGGAGGAUCCAGAGGAGCUGGAGGAGCUGGAGAGGGUUAGGACUUAUUGCGUGAGGUGUUACCUUCUCUACUUGGUUGGAUGCUUGUUGUUUGGCGAUAGAAGCAACAAACGCAUCGAGUUGGUCUAUCUAACGACCAUGGAGGACGGCUACGCAGGGAUGCGUAAUUAUUCCUGGGGAGGGAUGACACUCGCAUACCUAUACGUCGAGUUAGCUAAGGCGUGUAGGCCUAGAGACAGAGCUCUUGGGGGGAGCGUGACACUGCUCACUGCAUGA